AUGACAGCUUUUUGUUUGUUUGUCAAAAAGGUGUCCUUUGAUGCAUUUGUGGAUUUUGCAAACGGAGACUCAGCAGUCAAGAUAACAGUCUCUGACAUCAGCAGUGAGUCACUGUCUCUGCAGUGGGACACUCCUGCUGGUGAAGUGGAGAGUUUCACUGUGACCUGUUCCACUGGGGGAAAGACUGAUCAACAAGUGACCACAGACACCAACAGAGUAACAUUCAGUAACCUGAAGCCAGCAGUGUGUUACUCCCUCCAUGUUUCUGCACAGCUGAGAGAUGGAAGACAAAGCAGGGCGGCCACGACAACAGCUAAAACAAAGACCCACCUGGAGAGCUUUCUGGAGGAUCUAGGAUUGGAGCAGUUCUACCCACAGAAAUUAUCACUCAGUAAGAUACUUCAGAUUGAUAAGAAGACCACUGAUGAUCAACCUCUCAAGUGUAAAUCAGACCUCCCUUGGUAUUUUUUGAAGAAAUUGAUGAUGGUAAAUGCAACAGCCAGAAAUGUGAACUGCACAUCAGAAAGUAAAAGCGAUGUGUCAGAGGAUGAUGAGUUUGAUCUGGAUGAUCUCGUGAGCAGUUCAAACUCUGCUGAUGUGUUGAACCCCCUCGACAUAAUCACUGCUCUCUUUCUGUGCUCUGAUGGUUUUGUGCAGCAGGAAUUAGCUCUCAAAAUGUCCAUGUGUCAGUUUUCUGUCCCUCUGCUGCUUCCUGACUGUGAUAACAAUCAGAGCACAUUGAUGGUGUGGGCUUUGAGAGACAUUGUUAAAAAGUACAGACCCAAAUCACUCUUUGAAUCCAAAGGUUUCAUUGAAGACAGAAUUGUUGUGUCUGAACUACCAAUGAUCUCUUUUGUAAGACUGGGUGAGUGCUCUUUGUCCAAGUCAGAGAUCCUCAACAAGCUCCUGAGCAGCUCUCAGCAGUACCAUGACGCCUUUGUUCACCACAACAUGGACUGUGGAGACAGUCCACGAAGAAUAUCCAAUGGACUGACUGAGAUAACUUGGUACUUUCCAGGUGGCAAUGAAAACAUUGAUAUUUUCAGCCACCCAGUGGCUUUAGCUAACCUCAGAGGAGACAUUGCCUCUUUCCAAACACAGUUCUCCUUUUUGUGUCAAACAUCUGCAGCAGUCUUUGUUUUCUUUGAUUAUCUCGACCCUGAGUGGAAACUACUGAAGAACCUGAACAGCAAGUCAGAGAUAUUCUUAGUGGGAAACCAUGAGAGCAGGAACUUUAGUCCAGAUGCUUUCAAACAAAUAGCAACUGACAUGUCCUUGAAAAAAAAUAACAUCAUUUUGAAGAAGAAAUCCAUCAAUGAAGCAGACUUUGUCAAACGUCUGAGACAAGCAGUUAGUCAUGUAGCUGAGAAAACAAAUAUGAAGAUGCGAAUUGAGCAGAUGGCUGAAGUUGCCCAUGAACUGGGAAUCUUGGUGGAUGAAGACUCUCCAGAGUGCCAGACUGGAAGGAAAAAUGCAGAUGCCAUCACUGCUGAAAUUCAAGACAUCCUGAAGUACAAAGAAGAUCAGCUGCCAUUGCAAGGCCAGAUAUGGAAAGACUUGACUUCCUUAGAGAAGGAAGAAGUUCGACUUCGAAAAGUUGGAUCUGAAAACAUUGAGAAGUACAAAAGUGACCUUCAGCUGCAGAAGAAUAAACUGCGAUUGAAACAAAACUCUUACGACAUUUCCACAGCAAUGACAUCCUUUACCAGUGCAAUAUCAAGCAACUCUUUAGAGAGAGGCUUUUUUCUGAAAUGGAUGCAAAUUAACCUUGAUGACAUGUCUUGUGUAAAACUGUCUGUAUUGAGAGAGCAGUACAAAGAAAAGUGCAAGAACUCUGAGAACAAUGCAGAGAUAAAAAAAAUUGACAAACAGCUUUCUAACAGUUCACUGGGCACUGAACACUUCUUCCGUGAGAUGGGUCAAAUCUAUGAAGCUUCACUGGCACUUAAAAUAACACAUCCAUAUCGUCAGCAGUUAAAACAUCUGCCCAAACUUGGUGCACAGCUGCUACUUGAUGGAUUUCCACUGGAGCUUGUAGAUGGAGAUGCUUCCAACAUCCCUCUGAGCUGGGUCAGUGAUGUUCUCUCUCAGCUCAGUGACUUAGUGGGUUCUAAGAACAGGAUCCUGGUUGUUACAGUUCUGGGAGUUCAGAGCACAGGAAAGUCCACUCUCCUCAACACCAUGUUUGGAGUGCAGUUUGCAGUCAGCAGUGGUCGAUGCACUCGUGGUGCCUUCAUGCUGCUCAUCAGAAUUGAUGAAGAGCUCCGAAAAGAGCUCAAGUGUGACUUCAUGAUGAUCAUUGACACUGAAGGCUUGAGGGCACCAGAACUCACCCAGCUGGACAACAGCUAUGAACAUGACAAUGAACUGGCAACACUUGUUGUGGGGCUGAGCGACAUCACGAUUUUCAAUAUUGCAAUGGAGAAUUCAACAGAAAUGAAGGACAUCCUCCAGAUAGUCGUGCAUGCUUUCCUCCGGAUGAAGGAAGUGGGCAAAAAGCCACAAUGUUACUUUGUUCACCAGAACGUGUCUGAUGUUUCAGCCCACGAGAAGAGCUUAAGAGACAGGAAGCUGCUCUUUGAACAGCUGAAUGAGGUGACCCAGGCAGCAGCCAGAGUGGAAAAGAAAGAGCAGAACAACAGCUUCACUGAUGUGAUGGCGUAUGAUCCUGACACUGGGAGCUGCUACAUUCCUGGUCUCUGGACUGGAAACCCUCCAAUGGCACCAGUCAACACAGGCUACAGCGAGGCUGUUUAUGAGCUCAAGAAAAACAUCAUCCAGCUCCUGAGAAACAGAGAUUCAUCUGUUAACACAGUGUUGGAGUUUAAAGAGUGGAUGGCAAGUCUGUGGAAUGCAGUGAAGCAUGAAAACUUUCUCUUCAGCUUCAGAAACAGCCUCGUAGCUGAGGCCUACAUGAGACUCUGCACAGAAUUCAACAAAUGGGAAUGGGAAUUCAAAAAAGAAAUGUUCAACUGGGUCACAAAAGCAGAAACCAAGAUUUCUAAUUUUGGUACCCUUGCUGCAAAGUCACAAAUAUCUAACUUGAAACAAUUUCACAGUCAGUUAAAAACUGAAGCUGUCACAGUGAUGUCUGACUGGGAGUCAAAACUACUUGACAAAGUAACUCAGUACUUUGAGCAAACAGAUGGUCAUGUCUAUCUGGUUGUUGGAUACAAAGAAGAUUUUGCAAACAGUGCAAGAAGCCUUCGAAGAAAAACUGAGAGGUCUGUACUUGAUCAGCUUCAAGCAGCAGUGGACAUCAAACAGGGGAUGGCAGAGAUUGACAGAAUUAAAGAAAAUCACACAAAAGAAAUUGAAAAAGCAACGAGUGAGCUGAUUGAUGAAUGUCGAAAGAGAAAGGUUAAGAUGACUGAUGAAGAGCUUGACGAAGAAUUCAACAAAAUGUGGAAUGAAACACUGAGCAAACUGACUUUUCCAAAACAACAAGUUAAAGAUGUGUUUGGAGAUGUUUUUCUGCAUUUGCGAGAAAAUCUGGCUCACAGGGGAAGUCAUGUCCAACAAAUAUUAGACAAAACAAGGCUGGAAGAUUGUGGGAAGGAGAUUUCUCAAUACACUGCAGAGAGAUUAAUCAAGAACCCGAAUGACAAAAUGUGGAAUUUGUUCAACAUGAAAAAUCAACUAAAAAUUGCACAAAAACAUGCUGAUGUCAUUAUUAACAUCUCCAUGCAAUUUGUAAAGGAAAAACUAUUAAAAAAAAACAAUUACCACAACACUUACAUUGAAGAAAUACUCCAGAUCAUUGACCAGCAUCUAGAAAACAAUGAAGAUCUUAAGAAGGACACAGAGUUUGAAGUUUCUCUGAAACAGCACAUCUGUGGAUUCGCAGCCAGACAGUUUCAGAAAAUGCAUGAAGAUUUCUUAGAAGAAAAUGAUCCUCACAGAUGUCUGAUGAAGUACAAACCACAGUUUUGUACUGAUUUCAAAGAUGUGUUUCAUGAACGAGAUCAGUGCCAGAAGAAAGCUGAAGAGUUUGUCGGCAAAUGCUUGAAUCCUGCUGUUGAAGACUUCGUCAAUCGUUACCUGGGUCUUUCUAUUGUGGAUGAAAUGCUGAAGAAGAAGGAAUUCAGCACACGAGUCGCUUUCCAGUACUGUGUUUUACUGGAUUUGCUUUCAAAACAAAACUUCAAUGACUACUUGAGCUUCACUUCCUCCUAUGAGAGCUUUGUAAAGACGUGGAUCCUUCAAAAAAUGCAGGAAGAUUUUUCAAGUUCCUCCAAAACAUCUGAGUUUGAGAAGCAACAUCUUGAGACAAGUGUCAGCCACAUAAAUGAAGCCAUUGAAAAGGCCAAAACACUAAACACAAAGAAUGUGAAAACUUUAGUAGAGGACAUCUGUAAAGAGCUUGGUGAUAAACUGGUCAUUUCUCAGGAUGCACUUGCUGCAUUUAUGUUCCUGAACAAUGUUGACCAGGACAAGUUUGCUCACUACCUCGUGAAUUCUGUGACGGAGAUGAAAGAAACUCUGAGAGAGAAGUUCCACAAUACUUCCUUUGAAGAAAAACUAAACUAUCUCCACAUGCAGCCUCAGAAUGAGCUUUUCAAGAGAGUGAUCGGAUGUGGCAAACAGUGUCCAUUCUGUGCUGUUCCCUGUGAGGCUGGAGGAGAAGCUCAUACACAACACAGGGCCUCAUUACACCGACCACAGGGUCUGGAUAGAUGUUUUUGGAGCAACACAACACAGCUUGUAAUUGACAUCUGUUCAUCUUCUGUUGAAAGUGAAAAAAGUUUCUGCUGCAGUCAAACAAAGAAUGAAUGGCAUCCUUUCAAGAGGUACAGAGAAAUAUUCCCUGACUGGGAUAUUUUUGCAGAUGGAAGUCUUGAGGCUUCAGACUACUGGAAAUACAUCAUGACUGAGUACAAUGAUGACUUUGCUAAAGAGUAUAAUGCAAAGUCUGCUGACAUUCCUGAAACUUGGAGAAAGAUCACAUCUCAGCAGGCAGAAGAAAGCCUGAAAAAGUCCUUUUACAUGACUUGAGACUUUUGAUUUACCUCACUAACUGUGAGAAUGUAGAGUGACAGCUUCAUAUUUUGUAUUUUAUUUUCCUCUUGAAACCUUAAAUAAAACUAAUUAAUUU